AUGGCCUGUUUGGAGGAGGAGAAAGAAGGCUCUGGAGCUGCCACAGCAGAGCAGACAGAAGAGCCCCUCAGCUCUGGCUGCGCUCACUCUUUGUCAGAUGCAGCCGUGGAGCGCACACAAGAGCAGCAAUCCAGCCGUGGCCGCUUCCGCAGAACAGCGCAGCUCGUUUGCAAAUUCAUCAAGAGGAUUCGGCAGGAAGAGACCAUCACCAGGGGAGCUGCGUACAGACCAUACUCGCCCAUCUUCCAAAGCAAGACCAGUGCUGCCCUGCUGUAUAUGCUUGUAGAGGAAGAUUGUUACCAUCCAAAGCAAGUGCCCGCCAUGGUGAGGUACAUCCACCAGUGGCUCCUGGCCAAUGAUUCCGCUGAGCACAGGCUGGACAAGACCCUGCUGAAUCUCACUGAAGCACUGACAAAUGACGCAGUCAUGACGCUCCUGCGUGUGGCCCCGUCCUGUGACAGAGCUGCCAUGGCCAUGUGGAAGACCAUCAUGGGCUCAAGCAGGACUGCAAAGCCAGUGCAGCUGACACUCCUGGAUGUGCUGGGGAACUGGCCAGUGUGCAGCACGUGCACCUCCGAUGGGGACAAAACGGGUGUCUUUGCCCUGGCUUGUUCUUCAGCACUCUGGAUAUGCCAGGAGAGGUGGAUACCUUCUGGAAGGGAUGCCAGGAAGAACACGGCCUUGCCACCAGCCCCAACAGGUGCUCCAUCCUAG